AUGUCUGCAGAUGGAUCCCAAUCUUAUCAGGUAGGCGGUGUAGCAAGAUAUUUCCAAGGAAGGCAGUAUAAAAAUACCCGUAUGUGUAUGUCCGAAGUAGAGAAUCCUACUAAAUCCAAGGCUGAAUGCUGGAUCAAGCAGCUUAAAUCCUACAGGAUUCUCCGUACCAACUUAAAUAACUACCUAGUGGACCCUUUUCUCUUGAAUCUUCUCGGAGAUUCUUCUCCCUUGGUAAUAGCAGUAGAAUCAUUCAUUGCCUGGAUAGGCAGUGCUCCGUUUGUACAUGUGCAUACAUAUUUAUCCUGGUCGAUGGACAUACAGUACAUUCAAGAUCAUCGACUGAAGCCCGUUUGUUCUGCCUCUGUCUCUGCUUCUGUCAGUGACUACUGA